AUGCCACGUAGGAAUAGGCAAUCUGCUUCUCAACAGUCUCAGAGACGCAGGUUGAGAAACAGAUCAAAUAGGGAACAGUUAGGAAAUAGGGAAAAUUUGGAAAAUUUAGAUUCUGAUAGGAACCAGCAACAGGAGAUUGUGGUGCUGGGACAGGUAGGAGGUAGGCAGGUUCUAGCUGUAGCGCUGAGAGAGCAGGAAGCCGAUCAUACUGUUAGACGAACAGACGCACAGAUUAGACGUGAGGAGCAAGCGGCCGAUACUGUGCGUCGGUCCACACGAAGACAGGACUUGGUCUAUAGGUCUACAGAGCAGGGACAAAAUACAGCACAACGCAUACAAAGACGAACAGACGCACAGAUUAGACGUGAGGAGCAAGUGGCCGAUACUGUGCGUCGGUCCAUACGUAGACAGGACUUGGUCUAUAGGACCAGAGAGCAGGCACAAGAUUCAGCACAUCGCAUACAAAGACGAACAGACGCACAGAUCAGACGUGAGGAGCAAGCGGCCGAUACUGUGCGUCGGUCCGAACGAAGACAGGACUUAGACUAUAGGUCUACAGAGCAGGGACAAAAUACAGCACAACGCAUACAAAGACGAACAGACGCACAGAUUAGACGUGAGGAGCAAGUGGCCGAUACUGUGCGUCGGUCCAUACGUAGACAGGACUUGGUCUAUAGGACCAGAGAGCAGGCACAAGAUUCAGCACAUCGCAUACAAAGACGAACAGACGCACAGAUCAGACGUGAGGAGCAAGCGGCCGAUACUGUGCGUCGGUCCGAACGAAGACAGGACUUAGACUAUAGGUCUACAGAGCAGGGACAAAAUACAGCACAACGCAUACAAAGACGAACAGACGCACAGAUUAGACGUGAGGAGCAAGUGGCCGAUACUGUGCGUCGGUCCAUACGUAGACAGGACUUAGACUAUAGGUCUACAGAGCAGGGACAAAAUACAGCACAACGCAUACAAAGACGAACAGACGCACAGAUUAGACGUGAGGAGCAAGUGGCCGAUACUGUGCGUCGGUCCAUACGUAGACAGGACUUGGUCUAUAGGACCAGAGAACAGCAAGAAAAUACAGAUAGGCGACAGCGCAUACGUAGAAAUAAUGAACGGAGACGACUGCUAGAAAGAGAGCAGGAUAGAGUUCGCAAGAAACGAGACACUCUGGCACGUCAAACUGCUCGUGCCGCAGCUCGACGGUCCGCAAUUGACGCUGCCAGAAGUGCUAGUUAG